CUGAGAGCUGAAUGUUCAUGAUGAACUAAAACACUGUUUAUGUUUGUAACUGCAGGAUUUGAUGAGUGUGUUUAAAUACGUUUUAUUAUUAUUUUAAAUGGCGGACAGCGGGGAGUGGCAGCACGUAAAGCGAGGCAGAAAGAUCAGAGGAAAAGGAAAAGUGUGUGUGAUGGAAAAAGCUGAAGAUUGUGAGGACAUUCAACAAGACAAACGCAGAAUUACAGAUGCAAUGAAUGAUCUGAGGUGUGAAGACUUUUGGGCUGAAUGGCAAGAGAUCUUGUGUGGCUGCCUGACUGAAACCGUAGAUGAAACGACAGCAGGAAAUGAAUGUUCUCUGUACUGUGUGUGUUACGGCCUGGGCAAUUUCUCAUCCUGUGUAUCUGCCAGAUACCAGCUUGCGAUGUUGCUACUGCUGUUGGGUGCAUUGCAGAUCCCCGUAGAGCGGUGCUGCAUGUACGACCCUGUGUUCACGGGGUCAGAAUGUAAGACUCUCAGAGAGCUGGGCUUUACUGUGCUGACUGAAAAUGAGGAAGGAAAGCGAGCAGUAAGCCAGCCCACCCUGUUCUACCUCAUGCACUGUGGAAAAGCUCUGUACAACAAUCUGCUGUGGAGCAACUGGAAGCCUCAAACCCUGCCAAAUGUCAUUGUUGUUGGCAACAGUUUUCUUGGCAUUCAGGAAAGGAUGCUUCAGAAGGAUCUUGAAAGAGACUACAGCUUCCUCUCAGAUGCGAUGAAUGUGUGUGAGGAGACGAGCCUGCCCUGCUCACAGCGUUUCCUGGAUGUGUUUAAUGACACUGCUUUAAUCCGCUUCCCAUCAAACAAGCUUCAUGAACUCUCAGAAUCCACCUGGGCCGAGCCUUCAGAGCCCCAGUACGAGAACUGCCAAGAUCUGGAAAUCAUCCGGAGAGAAAGAAGCAGCUGAAACUGACAGUGAGCGUCCUGCACACUUCAGAGCGUGUAGUGGCACCUCUCCGCCUGACGGUUCAGUCGGGCGUGGUCAUAAAUCCACACUCUCACUUCGUGUUGUCGUUUUUAUUGCCGAGUUCCCAGGCUGAAUUUGGUUACCACUUUUUGUAAAUGUACCAAGAGUAACAAACAGGGACACAGCAAGAAAAGUGCCGACUAUUUAGAAAGACAACACAUUGGUAUUGUAGACUCACUUGCAUAACCGUUUUUGUUGGCAAUCACAGUUUGCACUUAACAUUCUCAACUAUUUAAAAUAAAUGUUUGUUUUCAUGCAAGUGCAUGGUGCAAGGUGGCUCGGUGGGUAGUACUGUCGCCUCACAGCAAUAAGGUCCUGGGUUCAAUUCCCAGUCUGGGUCCUUUCUGUGUGAAGUUUGCAUGUUCUCCCUGUGUCUGCGUGGGUUUCCUUCCACAGAACUAAAAUUCCCCCUAGGUGCGAAUGUGUUUGUUUGCCUUGUGAUAGACUGGCGAACUGUCUGGGGUGUUUCCUUCCUUUGGCCCAGCGAAUCAGACCUAACGCCACCCUGAAUAGGAUAAAGUGUUGCUAAAACAAAGAACGAAUGAAUGAAUGAAUAAUUUCAUGUACAGUUGCAAUUGAAAAUAUUUAACCCCCCUUCCCUUACAAAAGAUAUUAUGUUGAUGUGUAUAGAACUGAAUGAAGAUAUCGUCGCUGUCCGAUGAAAAACACGUAUCUCCACUUUUAGCGGUUUUCACUUUUUUACAUGUGUUGAUUGUGAGUAAAAAUCUCUGUCUGUCCAUAGCAGCAAAUAUCAAAAUGACCAAUGAAAAGAUGAAAAAUCACACAAUAUCUUUAACAAGUAUCUCCAUUGGCUGCUAGACCUGUCCAUCAAAACCACGUAUCUCCUCUUCUUUCCCUUCCAGUACUGUUUGAGAAAUGCAUAAUAUUUGAUCUAUACAGUUUAUUCAGGUUAUUCAAUUGCAUGGUUGUAAACAUGAUUUAUAUUUGUACACGUAAGUCCAUUUUACAUAUGAAACCAACAGACCGACGACCUGUUAAAUAUAUAUUUUUAUUUCAGUGCUCAAUUGUAUCUAAAUGUCGCCAUCUGUGGUUUGUUUGCACUGUUACAGUCAGGGGAAAUUUUUUUUUAUUUUUCCUGAAAAGUUGAGUUUUUGGAGAUACGUGUUUUUCAUUGGACAGCGACGAUAUACAAGAUGUCCCAGUAAACGGAGAAAGAAGAUUUAAUGAUAAAUUGACUUCUGUCUAUCAAUAUUCAACCCCCAGCCUCACUACUGGUAAAACACCCUUUUGCCUUGAUAAUCUCUGAGUAGCUCACACUUCUCAUGCAAGAGCUUCCAGCUCAGUGAGGUCUGAUGGCUUUUGUGCUGCAGCAGUUCUUUAAAUCCUACCAAAGAUUUUUGUUUGGGAUUGUUGUCUUGCUGGAGAGUCAAAUUAUCACCAAGGUUAGAUUUCACCACAGCAAGCAAAACGUUCCUCCUCAGAACACCUUGGUAUUUUUGUGAAUCCAUGAUACUGUGAAGCUAAAUGCUGGCACUGUUGUGGUCACCAUUACUAAUGUUCUUUAUGAGCUCUGAGGUAGACAAACAGGAUUCAUAUUGUAAUGUACAUUAACAUGUUUUGCUUUUUAGUUUGUCUUAAGUUCAGUUUGUCAUUUGUGUCUGUGUGUGUCUAUUCAUCAGCUCAAAACAACAGACUGAAUGAUGUUUAUCAGUCCUGAAAAUACAAAUUGUUCAGUGUUAAUGAUAAUUUUGACAUUGUCCACCUAACAUGUUUGAGGAAACUGAUGCUUAAAUCACAACGUUUUUCUAACAGGUCAAGCAAAAUGAAACCGACUGCAGUGGCACCAAGAGAACAUCCUGAGUUAGAGUUUUGUAAAUAUUUAAUACUAAACUAUGUUGUAAUUUGCAUGUGUAAAUAAAGGUGUUGCUAACGGUG